AUGCCUUCUUCUACCAUGCACCCUCGCCGCCGGCCUGCCAAAGCCUCUGACGCGACCAUGACUCCCUCCCUUAUCGACUCAUUCCAAAGCAUGUCGCUUCGCAAAGGCGAGACCUUCCACCCUCAUGGAAACACCGUCAGCAACGCAUUCUGGGAUCCCCUAGAAGCAUCCACUUCUCCGCAGAUGGCCGCCCGCUCUGCCACCUGCCCAAAGUCAUUGGAGGAUUUGCUCCUCGGGGCUGGCGAGCGGCGCACUGCUGAUCUGCUCGCGCGCGUGGACAAGGCCGUCGAGACCAACUCCAGACUGGCCCUGUCUGCAGUCCUCACCGAGCCCGACACCCUUCCCACUUUUGCCGUCCACGACAUUACCCUAGAUGAUCAAGCCGUGCGGAAAACGCGCACUCAGAGUCACGGGUCGGAUAGCGGCAUUGGCUCCAGCAUCGCUUCCGACGAUGCCGUGCCUGCUAAGACAAUGACUGCUCCCCCCACCGCCGUCGAUAAUUCACUGUCCGGCCUCUCUGCCGUCACUGAACGCCGGGGCCUGAGUAAAUACGCUUGUGAACAGAUUCACAAACACGUCGUGCACCCCAUGCUUCGAGAGGAAGCUCUCAAAGACUUUCACCCCCUUGUCAAAAGCGUUCCGUCACGCAUCGGGAAGAAGGAUAUCAAGACGCUUCGUGAUCUCGAGAAGACUUUGAUCUUCCUCGCGCCGGACUAUUCCCGUACCCCCACGAACUACCUUCGAUUUUGCGAGCGCACCAUCCGUGUUCUUCACACCACGGUCACCACACUCCACGAGUCGGACCAGCGAGCGCCAGAAGAUCGCCCGUACACGCAGGGCUACUUUUUCGAUCUGGUGGAGCAGAUCCGCAGAUACGCCGCAAUCAUGGCUGCGACGCGAGAGCGACAGGAAAAGGGCGAGAAGGCGGACAAGAUGAACUAUUCUCCGGAUGAAAGCAUCUCUCUUAUUGGCGGCAUGAGUCACAAUGGGAAGCCGGCCGAGCUCGUGCGUCACAAGGAUGGCAAAGUUAUAAGUCUGGCCACUGGCGAGGUCCUCUCUUCCGAAGACGUUGCCUCUGCCUCGAUGAAGCGAUCCAUGGACAUUGUCGAUGUCGAUGAAGAUGAGGUCCUCCGGUCCAUGGCCCGGCGCAAGAAGAACGCCAAACCGGAGAUUCAUGAAUGCUCCUUGUGCGACAAGGAAUUCAAGCGUCCCUGCGACUUGACCAAGCACCUCAAGACCCAUGAACGCCCAUGGAAGUGCCCCGAUUCCAAGUGCAAAUACCACGAGCAUGGCUGGCCGACGGAGAAGGAGCGUGAUCGUCACGUCAACGACAAGCACUCCAACGCCCCCGCGUUGUACCACUGCAUGUUCCCCCCAUGCCCCUACACCUCCAAGCGCGAGAGCAAUUGCAAACAGCACAUGGAAAAGGCACACGGCUGGGAUUACGUCCGCUCGAAGAACAACGGCAAAGGCCGGGCCAGCAUCACGCAUCUGCCCCACGGCUCCAUCCCUCCCUCGCCGUCGGCCUCGGGCUCAUCGGCCUUCACGCCUCUCACUCCUCUUGCCCCCUCGCCUCACUCUUGGGCAAGUGGCUCGGUGUCUGGCUCGUCGUCCCGCCAUGACUCCAUUCCUCCACCCAUGGCCGGGCCCAGCGGCUAUGCAUCCCCCGACUUUGUCGAUCACUUCAACUUCGACUUCAACAACAUGGCGUCCGGUUGGCCCAUGACCCCGGCCUUGAGCGCCGAUCGUCGCAGCUCUUGCGAUGCUUCGUCGUCCUCGAACUCCGGCUUCCAACUCGAUGGAAGUGCUUUUGACGAGGGCGUGACUCCCGAGGACCUCACGAACUACGCUUUCAACUUCAACGAGUACAAUUUCGGCCCGCAGCACGUCACUCCCGACUCCAGCGCUGCAUGCGCGAGCAGCACCGACGGCUUCCCACACCUCUCCCCCGGCGCACAGCUCGAUCAGACCUUCACCGACGCCAUGAACAUUGAUGGAGGCAACUACGCUGGAGACUUUACACUGUUUGGCAACAACCAACAAGUCAGCGGUGGUGGAGAGAUGUUCCCGUCUCUUGCCUCGUGGGGCAACUUCGGCAACCAAUACGACGCUUCCCACGCUCCUUUGCCGACUGGGAACAGCACUUUGGAGGAUCUCUUUCCCGAGCUGCGUGGUCACUAG